CCCCCGCACGCACAUUGCGUCCAGAUCGCGGACGGUGCUGGAGGCAUCAACUUCUGAUCCUGUAAUAUCUCGGAUUAUACUAAAAGGAAUAUGAAGACGUUACGAAUUGCGAUCUUUCUCGUCCAUUGUCUCGUGUUACUCAAGGUGUGCAGUGGCGCCUCUGUGGACAGGUAUGAGAGUGCCAAACCCAGAACAACAGUGGUCAGCCUCUUUCACACCCUAGAGAAAACAAACACGACAGGGCAGCAGGUGGACAGAGGGACGAAUGUGUAUGAAGAGCAUGAUUAUGAUGAAGAUUAUGAUCUCUCUGUGGAUUAUGACUCAAACCAACCAAGAGUGGCAUUUUCCACCAAACCCAAACAUCCGUCAGCGAUUCCCACUACUGAGAAGAAGACAAAAAAAGGAAAAAGGAAGGCCAAAGGAAAAGGCAAGGGAAGAAAGAAGAACCCCUGCCUGGAGGAAUACAAAGAUUUCUGCAUUCAUGGAGCGUGUCAGCAUCUGAAGGAGUUGAACACUCACUCUUGUGUGUGAGUUUCAUGCAGUUUU